CCAGAACUCUGGCGCUGCAGCCUGAGGAGAGCGAGCCACUCAGGCCCCGAAAAAAGGCAAAUAUUAUAGAAAAAUUGAUAAAAAAUAAUAAAACAACAGAUCCAGAGGAGAAAGCCCGGAAAAGGUGUCGUGGGAUCUCCCGCGAACAAUCAAAAUGAGCAGUACUUAUAUCUACUGGACCCCGCCCAUGUCAGUUGGGACUGGGUGAGAGCGAGUGACAGAUUGUUUUUUUUCUGGAAGUUCCGGAAGGAUUUUUUCAAAGAAGAGACUGCAUAAUACCUACAUAGUAGCCACAAACCAGGCAGGAAUUCAACAGAGCCUGGAAGGUAGGGCAGCCACGGCCGGGGUUCAAUGGCAACGGCACCAUAGGGCUGCCAUGGCAGCAGCUGCCGCUGAUGCCCCACACCACAUAACCACACUGACGCCGGAGGACGAGGAUCGACGAGCUGCCCCCAAACUGUUUGGAGGUCCAGCUCAAGUGAGGACGGAGAGUGAGAAAGAGAGGGAGACAGAGAAGGAGGAAGGCGGCAACGAGUGUUUGGUGUGUGGCACCAUCUUCAGCUCACAGGAUAAGCUUCAAAUCCACGCAUUUAGUCAUACAGGAGAGAAACCGUUCCACUGUUCCCAGCCCCAUUGCCACAAGGCCUUCAGUUCCAAAUAUAAGCUCUACAGGCAUAUGGCCACACACUCCCCACAGAAAACUCACCAGUGCUCAUUUUGUGAAAAGAUGUUCCACCGUAAAGAUCAUUUAAAGAAUCACCUGCAGACCCAUGACCCCAACAAAGAAGCUUUUAAGUGCGAGGAGUGUGGCAAGCAUUAUAACACAAAGCUAGGCUACAAGCGCCAUGUGGCCAUGCACUCUGCGACAGCAGGAGACCUGACCUGCAAGGUAUGUUUGCAGAGCUACGAGAGCACACCUGCCCUCUUGGAUCAUCUGAAGAGCCAUUCCGGCAAGUCUUCAGGUGCCACCAAGGAGAAGAAACACCCUUGCGAUCACUGUGACCGUCGCUUCUACACUCGUAAAGAUGUCCGCCGACACAUGGUAGUGCACACAGGUCGCAAAGAUUUCCUGUGCCAGUACUGUGCCCAGCGCUUCGGAAGAAAGGACCACCUCACACGACAUGUAAAGAAGAGCCAUUCACAGGAGCUACUGAAGAUCAAGACAGAACCCCCAGAUAUGCUUGCUCUGCUUGGUUCUGGCUCUCCAACUUGUGCUGUGAAGGAAGAGCUCAGUCCUAUGAUGUGUAGCAUGGGCCCCAACAAGGACUCCAUGAUGAGCAAACCUUUCCGCAGUGGCACCCCCUUCUCUAUGGGCAUGUACAACCCACACCACCUACAGGCCAUGUCCGGCCCGGGAAUGGGCCACCAUCACUCCUUGGUUCCUGGGACACUGUCUGCUGCUAUGGGUAUGGGCUGCUCAAUGGAGCCGCCUACAGCCUUACACCACCAUCACCCACAUCAUCACCACCAUCCACAUCAUCCCUCCCCUCCGCCUCCACCACACCAACAACAAACUCCACUGCAACCUCAACCCCAGCAGCAGCAUUCCCAACCUCCCAAGUAUCAGCUUGGAUCUACCUCAUACUUGCUGGAUAAGCCCCUAAAGGUGGAGAUGGAGAGUUAUCUGAUGGAUCUGCAGAGUGGCUUGCCAGUCCCACCUCCACCUUCAGGUGACCCCCAUUCAGCUGCCUCACCUAAUAAAGAUGGUCUGGAGCCACCACCCGGCUUAACAGAUGAGCUGUGUGGGGAUCCCCUUCUAUCUAAAAGCCCUGCCGUCAUUGCUGAAUCUCUGUGUGCUGCUAACAUGGACUUCUCCCAUUUACUGGGCUUCUUUCCGCUAAACCUGCCUCCCUAUAGCACUCCCAUGAGUUCGGGGGGCCUGGUGAUGGGCUACUCCACCUCCACUGCCUCUUCUUCUUCCUCAUCAUCGUCAGCAUCUUCACAUGCUGCCGAGUCUCAUGCUGCCACAGCAACAGCCUCAGUGCCUCUUACCUCUUUGCAACCUCAACCUCAAGAGCAACCAGGCUCCAGUGGAGGUCUUGGUCUCGGGUCCCUGCAUUCACUCCCGCCGGUGUUUAGCUCCAGCCUUAGCACAACUACCUUGCCUCGCUUCCAUCAGGCCUUUCAAUGAGGCUCCCACCCCACCCUUCCCUGCCACAGGCUGAGACAACAAAGGUGGUGCAGAAAAUGGGAGCUUUACAGCUCCCUCUAGGGGUGGGAGAAUAAAACACUUGAACACAUAGAAGCCUUAAUUGAAGCGCACAAAUGCUUUUCAGUGAGCCUGGAGAAAACCAUUUAUUUUCUAAAAGGAAGUAAAGUACAGGAAAUAAGAAUACCGUGGAGCUUUUAUUUAGGCUUUUCUAUCUAUAUUUUAGUUUUUAAAAAAUCCCCCAGCCCUUUGCUUACCAAUUCUUAAAUAGGAGGCAGCAUCAUUAGGCCUUUAAGGCAUGGUACCGCAUACUUUAUUAAGUAAUAAUAUGUGUUUGAGAAAGGCAAAGGAUAAGGUAUAAAAAGUAUAAAAAUAUCUUUAAAGACUCUAAAAGAAUAGUUUGAAGUUAUUAUAAUUGUUUUUGCUUUUACAAAUACGAGACUUACUUUGUGUUGUCUCUAUUUUAUUAAAGUUAGGCAUCAUUUAAUCACCCUUAAACUAAAACUGCCUUGGCAGGCAGGAGAGGAAAAUUAGUGGAGGAAUGAAGUUGUGAUGUUGCAAAAAAAAAAAAAAAAAAAAACAACAACCAACAACAGCCAAAAUGCAAAUUCAUUAUUUUUUUCUACAUAAAAUAUAUUAUUUCCAGUUGUUCAGACCCUUUCCCCCCAGUAUAUUACAUACCUUAACAUUUUCAAAACACUUUCAUUUAAAUAAGCUGCCCCAUAUAAAUGCACAUGGCUCUUCUAAAAGGUAUUUAUUGGAAGUACACAGUAGAUUGUGUGCAGGCGUUAUGUAAGCAAGUUAUACAGUCAAAGGAAGAAGGCAAAAAGACAGCAAAUAAAACUGCACAUUUUUACGAUCCUGCUUUUAUACACUGAGCAUUCAGGAUUAAAGACAGAUAAUGAAUAUUGUAAAAACCGUACAGGUUUGUUUGUCAAAGGAAGCACUUUGUUUACAGUUUAAAGGCACUUGACCAUUUUGGGUUCCAAUGGUGACCCGCUGACCCUCAGUUCCCUUCUUCCUGACCCAGUUUAUCUUUUUCUUCCUAGCCAAGCUUCUGACACACCAUAUAUCCACACAAGUAUAUUUCAAAUAUUCUCCAGUAUUUAAAUAAUUAAGUUGCUUCAUAAUGGUUUCCUUCUUCCUUCCAGCACUAAUUUUUAAUAUCUCCAUGGCAAAAGUUUUAUUACCUCCAGUUCCUGCCCACUUUAUUAUAAUGUGUAUGUUAGAAAACACAAAGAUUUUAGGCAGGGUUAUAGAGUUAAUAGUUAAAUGGUAAUAAUCACCCUGACAUAUGUGAAUAGAAAAGAAAUGAGAGGAUAGAGGGGAAAAAAUCUACAAGAGUAUUUUUGCAGUGUACGAAAUACCACAUCAAAAAUAAAUAUAUAAUUGCUUUUAUUUUUUAGUAAAAAGUACUUUAGAUAGAUGUAUUAAAAUUGCUGAUGAAAUUUUUUACAAAAAAAAAAAAAUUUAGGUUUACAUAAUAUUGUAACCUUGAUCAAAAAAUGGAUGAAGUAAUUGCUUUUCAUUAUAGUCUUCCCUGUACUAUUUGUUCUAUUUUUUUUUCCUUUUUUGUAUGCUGGUCGAAGGAUAAUAUUUUGACCCAUGUGUAAUAGGCUAUUAGUAGAAUAAUCAAGUAGAUUAAAGAGUAGUUAAUUCUUUAGUGUUGCUUUAAGAGGCCCGUAAUGUGACCCAAGUUCAAAAGAAUCAGAAUUAUUACUUUUCCUAGCAAAUGUUUUCAUCCUGUGAUCCCUAGAAAAUUGUAAUUUUAUCAAUUUAAUUCCCAGGACAGCAUAGCAAAACCAUAAAUCAAUGCACUACAAAAUGAGGUGCUAACAAAAAAAAAGAAAUUAAAAAAACACCACAUAACUUGGUUUAUCAAUGACAAUUUUAGACGUAUUUAGUUGAAAAUGGAUUUCCCUAAAAUGAUGUUAAUAAUGGUGCUGUUUUUUCCAUCAAGUUAUUGUAGAAAUCCAUGUCAAAUAUAAGGGCCAUUCAAGUCAAACCUGGACUUUUUUCGUGAAUGAAGGCGUAAACAAGAAUAACAUUUACAAAAGACUUCAAGCACAGUAUGAUGACGGGACUCUUAGCCUCAGGAAAACAUUUGAAUGGUGCAAACAUUUUAAAGAAGGCUGUACGUCCGUCCCACUGCAGUCGUUCCCAUAAACAUUCAGCGAGUGGAACGCCUCAUCCAUGAAAACCGGGAAAUAACUUGCCACCAACUUGAGGAAGAGAUGCAUUUACUGUAUGCACUGUAUACACAAUCACAUUACAGGAACUUGGCUAGGAGUUACUGCCUUAUCUCCCAUACAGUCCUGACUUUGCUCCAAGUGAUUUUCCACAUGUUUGGUGUAUUAAAGGAGUCCCUGGGAGGCCAGUGUUUCAGCCGUAAAGCAGGCAGUCCAAUCAUGUUUUUGGCGUACUAAGGAAACUUUCUCCCUUGAUGGUAUCCAAGCACUAGUGAAAUGCUGGGUUAAGUGCAUUAGUGUAGCAGGGGAUUAUUUAAAGAAACAAAAGUAGUUUGUAGUUCAAAGGUAGUUUCUCAUAACGGUCUUCUGUUAUUCUGCACAAUCAACAGUCCCGGUUUGACUUGAUCACCCUCGUAAAAGUUUAGACUUUACAUUUUGCCCAUCCUUAGUAGUAAAUGUAUAACAUUCAAGUUAAUGAUAAAAUUGUUUAAAUGUGAGGCCACCUCCUAAAAUGAAUUUUAAAAAGUUAUGAUGCUGCUUUAGUGCUAUGGUUGGCAACAGUCCAUAGACCACUUCUGCAGAAACCCUUCUGCAGAGACCUUUAAACUGAAUGCGUGAACUGUUUGUCCAUUUCUGUUCUCCUUUUACAGCUUCUUCUUUCAUUCAAAUGAACAUUUUAUCAAAGGGUCUGAAGAAAGACAAAUACCCAGAACAAAUAAGUCUCCAGACUGGUCUUUGACAUUCAAAGCUUGGGACAGUUGAUUGGGAUAUUGCCUAGUCGUUUGUUGUCAUAUAUUAUUUUCUGUUUGUUGAAACAGGACCUCAAAACAACACAACACAUCACCUCAUUUUAAUUUUAUUAUACUUUUCUUUUCAUACCAAAAACCUGGGGAGAAGAAACAUCCUUUUUUUUUUUUGCACAAUUGCUGAUGUAAGGACGAUUAUUGAGAUAAUAUUUUGCAUAUACUUUUAAGAACGAUAUGCAAAGUUUUUUCCUUCAUAUUCCACCAUAUUUACAAUUGGAUUGUGUAAGAUUUUGCUUCAAAUUUAAAGAUGUGUUCGGCUUAUACACUCACUGGCUAAAAUACGGCACACACUAUAAUAUUUUAUUUGGCUGCUUUUAGGAUAACAAUUCCUGAUGUGGUGGCCAAUUUACGUGUUAAAUUAAAAUCUCAAUCUCCCACAACCACUCAUUAUUUGUAUUGCCAGGAAACAGUACCAGAUUCUGCAAGGAGAGGUGUCAAGUGGCACACUUUGUAAUCUAUAGUGCAUUUCAUGACGGACAGCAAAUUAAGAUUCUACCCAUGUCAUGCACAUUUCAAACCAAAAAAAAAAAAAAAAAGAAAUCAUGACUUUACAAUACCAUUUUGUGUGUAUUAUUUUAAAUACAAAAAAAAAAAAAGAAAUCUUUCUAUAAGAUAAGCCGGAUACAUUUAAAACAAUGUUUAGUUUUUUUUUAGCAUUUAUUUUCCAUUGGAUCAUAUUUUGGUGAGGGGGGAAAACAUUUAUUUGACAGGCUUCUUGAAAUGUAAAGGUGUUUAAAUUUAAAAGUCCAAAAUGUCACAUUAAUAUGUUGGAAGAGUAUUAAAGGUAACAAUUCUAAAGUGGUCUAAAACUGCAUAAGCAGUAUAAGUCAUAGCAAAAAUGCAAAGCUAUGCCUUUUUAAGCGCAAAGAAAGAAGGAAAGAAAAUGAUUAUUUUCAACAAAACAUGAGAGAAAUCUUCAACAAGAAGCUAUUGGCAACUUAAGGGUUUGUCCUCCCCAGGUUUUCUUUGAGCUGAUCUGAAUUCUAGCACUUUUAAACCUUUAAGAAGAGUAUUUUUUCAUGAAAUUUCAGCCUUAUAUGUUUUUUUUUUUUUGUAUUUGAUCGUGUACAUGUAUGUGCCAUUAGUUCAAUGUGUAGAAUUUAUUAAUCUAUAUGUAAUUUUGCCUCCUCUUUCAAAGGAGUAACAGUAUUUUUUGAUAGACUUUCACUAAUACUUGCUGCAUUUUGCCCCAGCUCUUCUUCCUUUGUGCGUUUUAGGACUUAAGAAACAGACGUGCUCUUGCUUAGCUUAUCUUUCAAACCCUUGUAAAAGUCUAACAUUAAAACUUGCUAUUUCUGCAAACAAUCAACAAAAAGAGUUGAGGGGAAAAAAAAAGAACAACAAAACAGUUCCUGCCAUGAUUUUUUGAAUUUUCCAUGAAUUUAUUAACUAAAUAUUAGAGCUGACAGGUUAAACUUUUUACUGGUUUGAGUAAACCCCCUUCAGUUUUUUUUGGUUUAGAUUAAUAUAAUAAGCACAAAAAAGACUUGAGCUCAGAUGUCAGAGGGAUUUACAAUUUCUGGCAGUAUUUGUAUUUCAUUGUCAGUUGUACUCUAGGUUAAGAGGAGGCUUGAAAAGGUGGGGGGGAAAAUCCUGUCUAAUAUCACACACUGAGAACUUUUAGCCAAAAUCAAAGUGGACAUAUUAAUAUGCCCAUAAUCAUAAUUCUAUAGGGCAAGCACCAGUAUGACAAAGUUGUGGUUAAAAAAAAAAAAAAAAAAAAAGGCAAGGAAGUCAUGUUUUCGUCAUCUUUGUUGGUUUGCAAAAUCGAUUGGAAGAGAGGGAAAAAAAAAAUUCAAUUCUGUUGUGUUAAAUGGAAAGUAUGCCUGAUGUCUAAUUUGAUCCCCUUUCUAGAAUCAUGUAUCCUGACUUUCUUUAUGAUUAUUUUAAAAAGUAAGUCCUUUAUCUCCAUUGCACCUAUUCAGGAUGCACUUAACAAUUCCCCCAAUUUGUGUAGGUGUCUAAGCUAUUAAAAGAAAAGUAUUAAAAUAUCAUUGAUCCAAGGAGGGGGGAAAAGGCUAAUUCUUUAAGGGAAAGAAAAGCUUUGCUUUUUUGAAGAGAAAAUGUGCUCUCUGUGGGGAAAAAAAACUUAAUUGUAGUUGCAUUUAUUUUAGCUUAUUGUAAGUCUUGCAUUCCAAGCUCUUUAUGUAUCGUGCUUAGCAACAUAGUCCUUUUAUUUUUAGUACUUGCUUAUUACUGCCACCCCUGGGGAAAAAAAAGUGAAAGAACAAAAAUGGGACAUUUUCAUUCAUGCAUACCUUAUUUCAUAUAGCAUGGGAUUUAUCAGCGACAGGGAAAAUUGUAAAAAGUAUAUGACAACCAGUCCAGUUUGUAUCAUCUACAAUCAGUUGCUGCAAUGUAAAGAAACAGAUAUGUAUAUUGGUUGAUCCAAAGAGAUAACAUUACAACAAAACCUAUUUACUUAUUGUACAGAGCAUUGUACCUUUUGACUUGUAAUGUAUGAUGUUAAAAUCAUUAAAAAGACAAACCCACGGUUUUAUACCUUU